GUGGUGUCCAAAGGGGGGCGCCGCGUCAUCUGAAACUCGGAAGCUGGAACCUGGGAGGUUCGGACGCACCGGUCGCGCUUGCUUGCUCCAUCAGUAGUCAUGAACCCGCCGGACGGCGAGGAAGCGGACCGUCGGCGACGUCCGUGGGCCCGCUUCUCAUCGUGGCUCGAGUGUUUGUGUGUGGUCACCUUUGACCUGGAGCUCGGACAAGCCAUCGAGCUGGUUUACCCACCUGACGUGAAGCUGACCGAGAAGGAGAAAAGCAGCCUGUGCUACCUUUCCUUCCCGGACUCGUACUCUGGAUGCAUCGGGGACACCCAGUUCAGCUUCAGGAUGCGUCAGUCUGUCGGUCGCAGACGUCCCCGACUGUGCCACGACCUUUACGGCCAAGAAGCCCCAGCCGCCCUGCAGAGCGAAACGUCGCACUUCUACGGUUACGUCUACUUCCGGCAAGUCAAGGACGUGUCGGUCAAGCGAGGGUACUUCCAGAAGUCUUUGGUUCUGGUGUCGCGGCUGCCGUUCGUCCAGCUCUUCUACUCAGUGCUGCGCAUCAUCGCAUCCGACUUCUUCGCCAAAUCUCAGCCCUGCCUGGAAACAGUGUGCAAGCAGAUGGACCGCUGGCCUUUCCUGGCCGCUGGACUGACCUUUAACCUCCCACUCUUGGGUGUGGUCUUGCAGGUCCGAAUUCCGUGCCAGACGGACAAAGCGGCGAGUCCAGCAAGAGACUCGGUUGAGGAGGUGGUGCCGACCCCGCUGCCUUCCGUGCACGAGCUGGACCUCUUCAGGUGUUUCCAGUCGGUACUGAUCCAUCUGCAGAUGUUGUGGGAACUGGCGCUGCUGGGCGAGCCGGUGGUCGUCAUGGCGCCGUCUCCGGCCGUCUCCUCGGAAAUGGUCUUGGCGCUUGUCAGCUCCAUCGCUCCGCUCAAGUUCUGCUGCGAUUUCCGUCCCUACUUCACGGUCCACGACAGCGAAUUUCGAGAAUACACCACCAGGACGCAGGCGCCGCCCAACGUGAUCCUGGGCGUGACCAACCCGUUCUUCAUCAAGACCUUCCACGGCUGGCCUCAUGUCCUGCGACUGGGAGAGAACACCAAGCUGUCAGGCGAGGUCCCGAAGCAGCUCAAAAUCAAGAAAGUGGCCAAACUCAAGACGCCAGACGCCAAGCCAGGUUUCUUCACGGCCUACGAGAGCUUCCUGCUCAAAGACAAGAUGGUCAUCAAACGUCUGCUGAAGGGCGUUCAGAGGCGUCGGCCGUCCGAGGUGCAGAGCGCCAUCUUGAGGAGGCACUUUUUAGAGCUGACUCACAGCUUCAUCAUCCCGCUGGAGCGCUACAUGGCCAGCCUGAUGCCGCCGCAGAGGUCCUUCACGCCCUGGAAGACGCCACCGCAAAUUCGCCCCUUCAGUCAGGAUGAGUUCAUGGCCGUGCUGGAGCGCGGCGGCCCUCAGUUGACCUCCACGCUGCGAGGCGACCGGACGGGACUGUACAGGAAGUUCUUCAAGUCUCCCAAUUUUGACGGCUGGUACCGCCAGCGGCUCCGAGAGAUGACUGGCAAACUGGAGCGUCUCCACCUGGAAGUCAUCUGCGAGGCAGACCUGCCGGGAUGGUCUCGCGACAAGUCUGAAGUGGAGAUCGUCGAUUUGGUUCUGAAGCUGCGAGAUAAACUGACGAAAGCCGCGAGGCAGCGAGGGCAGCCGAGAGAUGACAUUUUCAAGCGACUGGAAUCGUUGAUCGCCACCAUCGUGAGCUCGCUGCCCCAAGACCUGCGAGACGUGCUCGAGGCCCAAUGACGCACGCACGCACGCACGCACGGCAGGUCGGUGAACGUAAGGCGGCGGGAAAGGUCACGCACAGGUGCUCCAAUGACCACCUGGAGGAAAGGAAUCCAUCAAGUCCCCAUUGACAAGUCAACAUUUAUUGCCAUCUAACUGGCGGGGAAAAAAAGAGACACGUUCAUUUGCAAACACAUCAUCUGGUGUGGCUGCUCCACCAUGGCGCUCCCUGCUGCCUGAGGACACAAUGUUUCUCCUGCGGACUGAAGUGAAGGAUGCUGAGGAUGGCGUUGAGCGUCUGCCGCCUGCCGCUGGCGUCGGGCAGCGUCAGGAACUUGUAGAUGACGUUCUUCAGGUACUCCACGUUGGAGCCCUCGCGCUUGUGCUCGCGGUUCAGCUGGUCCAGCUGCGCUCGAAGUUGGCACAUCUCGUCGUCAUGGCGUUGGGCGCCGGCCGCCAGUUUGCCGUGCAGCCGGCGGAUGUCCUCCUCCAGCUGGCGCUUCUGCCGCCUCAGGCCCGCCGCCUCCACUUCCUUUCGGGCCAGUUGCUCGGCGUAAAGGAGGAGCGCGGGCUGGGCGGGCGCGGCAUGCCGGAGGGCUCGCGCCAUCACGUCCGCCUGCUUCUCCCCCUCCCACUCCACUUCCUGGGCGCUGACGUCCUCUUCAGUCAGGGAUUUGGUGGCGGCUCGCAGGAGCUCCAGCUCCCGGUCCUUGUCGCCCAGCAGAGCCACGGUCCGCUCCCGCUGUUUGUGCAGCUCAGCCUCCAGACGCAGCAGCUGGUCGCGGUGGAGCGUCUGGUUGCGCUCGGCUUCCUGGCGCUGGCAGCGCAGCAGCGCCGCCGCGUGCUGCUGCUGCUCCUGGAGCUGGCGCUGCUGCGCGGCUGCCGCCUUGUCGCUCUCCACACGCAAGCCGAUGUACUUCUCCCUGAGGUCGGCCAACUGCUCACGGACCUCCUCCAGCUCGCGGGCCGCGCAGCCCUCCUUGGCAGCGUUGUUGUCGCCGCUCUUGGGCGUCGCCUACACGGAAAGACCUCAGCGUCAAUUAUGCAGCUCACUUUGGUCGCUAGCUACUGUGGUAGACGUUAGCGGCGGCGAGGUCAAAUUUCAACCCAUUUUGCCUGAUAGGGCCAACGAGAAUGCCAACCUUGCGCUCGUAGGCCAGGCCUUAAGCUGUUUUUGCAUGUCUUCCAUGCACCGCUAUUGCCACAAACUCUGUCAAGAAGGCCUCGGGACAGGGACCCAACCGAGGUGGCUUUCUGGAUGGAUACCUUGGCUCGAAGCUUGUAGCGCUCCAACUCAUCCUUGAGCUGCCGCAGCUCCUCCUGGCUGGCGGCGUCUCGCACCGGUUCCGGCUCGCCGAGCGGGUUCUUCUGGGCGGCCAGAA